AUGGGGAAUCAUACGACAAUGAACACAUUCCUUCUGUGGGGAUUUUCCAGUUUCCCAGACCUACAGCAACUCCUCUUUGUGGUGGUUUUCUUCUCCCAUGUGACCAUCCUAGCUGCAAAUGUGUCUAUCAUGGUGGCCAUCAAACGCAGUCACAACCUUCACACUCCCAUGUACUUUUUCCUGUAUGGCCUGUCCUUAUCAGAAACCUGUACCUCUAUGGUAAUCAUUCCCCGCAUGCUUGUGGACUUGCAGUCGGAGACCAAGAUGAUUUCUCUCCCUGAGCGUGCCACACAGAUGUUCUUCUUUUUUGGAUUGGGAACCAAUAACUGUUUUAUCUUAGCUGCCAUGUCCUAUGACCGCUACAGUGCCAUCCACCACCCACUGCACUAUUCUAUCCUGAUGACCCCAAAGAUCUGCUUCCAGAUGAUGAUGGCCUCUUUUGUGGUUGGGAUUCUGGUUUCUCUGUGCGUUGUCAGCAUAGUAUUCACCUUGUCUUUUUGUGAUUCUAAAACCAUCCGGCACUUUUUUUGUGACAUCACACCUGUGGUCUCCCUUGCUUGUGAUUAUACCUUCCUUCAAAAAAUGAUUCUUCUUGCAUUUAGUCCCUUUGUGCUGGUGGGUAGCUUUAUUUUAAUUAUGAUUUCCUAUGUCUUAAUUCUGUCCAUAGUUGUAAAGAUGACCUCUGCAAAGGGAAGGUAUAAAGCCUUUUCAACUUGCUCCUCCCACCUCACUGUGGUGUCUAUACACUAUGGAUUUGCAUGCUUUUCCUAUUUGAGGCCCAAGAAUAAUGACUCCUUUAAUGAAGAUACACUGAUGGCUCUGACAUAUACAGUGCUGACUCCUCUGCUCAAUCCCAUUGUUUACAGUCUAAGAAACAAAGCAAUGCAGAUAGCCCUGAGGAAAGUAGUAGGCAAUGCAAAAAGUUUUAUCACUUAGAGUGUAAAUAAAAGAACUUUGGACCUUGAAGAAAUGUACAUAGUUUUGAUAAAUGUAAGUGAGAAGUGGAGUACAUCCAAUAAAAAUCAUAAAUUUGUGUGGACAAUUAAACUGUUGUCUAGUUGCUUGAUAUGUGCUAGCAUCAUCAAACUGGAUGCAGAGUUAAUACGUUUUUAAAUGUUUUAUUAUAUAUCUCUAUCUAUAUAUGUAUACAUAGAUAUACAGAAAAUGAACAAACAGUAUGAUUAAUAAGAAAAAUAAAAGGGUUUAUUUCCUCUAACAUUUCCUCUCUUUAUGCAAAUUUCUGAUCUCUAUCAUUCUUCUCCUUGAAGAGCUUUUUACUUUUCUUUCAUGCAGGUCUACUGGUGAUGAUUUCCCUCCGUUUUUUUGUUUUUAUGAAGUGUAUUUACUUCUUCUUGACUUGUGAAGGAUAAUUUGCUUAAUAAAGAAUUCUAGGUUGCUGUUUUUUUAUUUCAACACUUUAAAUGUUUGACUCCACUUUCUUCUUGCCUGCAUGGUUUGUGAAAAGAAGUCUAAUAUAAUUCUUAUUCCUUUCCCUUUAUAGGAGAGUUGUUUUAUUCUCCGGCACUUUCAAUAUUUUCUUUUUGUCUCUGGUUUUCUGCAGUUUAAAUAUGGCAUGCUUAAGUGUUUUAUUUAUUUAUUCAUACUACU